UUCGGCUCCUUGUGGGAAGAGAGGUUCCAGCAUGGGAAGGGGCUUCAGCGUGGCCGCCGAGCUCCCCCUGCUCGCUUGCGCUUUCUCCCUGCAGUUGUUGGCAGCAGUUGUUACCGGAUCAGAUGUCACUGUGUCACCUGCCCCAUCUGAGGAUACCACUCCUGCUGUGCUAACCGCUGAGAAUUCCUCAUUCCUCACUGGUUCUCAGACUCCAGAGGGCCAGACAGGUCCACAUAUGCCCCACCAUAAAGAUUUCCUGAAUAUUUCUUCUCUCCUCAAUAGCUCCAUUUGGCCAACUCCAGGUGGACCACAGGCUCCCACAGGCGCAGUGUGGGUGAGAUCUGUGGAAGUGCAACCUCACGGUGAGGAACAGGAUUCUGGUGCUCAGAUUGGAGAAGUGGACUGGGAGCAGAGAACAAACAGCAAUCACUCUGCAUCAGAGGCACUGGGCAGCAGAUUAACUUCCCCUCUGCUGGCCAAGGGUUCAGUUCAGGAGCUCAUGGGCUGUCCAGACUGCCAGAGACCUGAGAGAAUAUCAGAAGCAGAGCCACUCACCCUGGCCAGCCCUUCCAAUAGCUUGGAUGUGCUAAAAGGGGCAGAAGGAAGUGGAGAGACUUUUGGCCUCAUGCGAGGGACCACCACGUUGAAAGAGAAACAGGAUGCUAGGUUGGUUAGGUUUGAAGAGGCCACCAACCUCCCAGCCCAGGGAACAGAAGGAAGUACUGACUAUACACGGGUGGACCUGGAGAUGCAACUGUGGUCUGAAAGGAGCACCAUCUCCGCCCAUCACCCCUUAAGUACCAGUGAGCCUUCUACAUUACCCGCAGAUUAUAUUUAUGACUCUGACAGUGAUACAACGCUUGAUUCUUCUGACAAAUUUCCCAUCGUUGAAGCUCCAGAUGUUCCCAUGACAUCAUCCAACAUAGACUCCACAAAAGACUUCUUGCCUGACCUUCCUGCCUUGACUUCUCCCCCUGAUCACAGUGUUUCUGGUGUUCAAAUGGCCACAUUAUAUUAUUGGGAUGAAAUGGCCAGUGAGCUGGAAAGUGAGGAUGAGCUUCGACUGACCACAGUCUCUCCUAAGAUACAAACUAUAUUAGUGAAGGAAGAAGACAUCACCAGGCAAACUGUGUCCAGUCCAGACUUCAUAUCAGAAUCUUACCUUACUGUCUUCACUGAUACUUCUGACUCAGAGACCAGACAAGACAUUAGUCUGUCACCCCUUGUCCUUGGAGAAGGCAAGAAGGAAUGCAAACUGGGAUAUCUGAAGCAGAAUAAGUCCUGCAAAUCCAUCUGCGACAUGGCCCCAAAUUACUGCUACAAUGGUGGGCAAUGCUUUGUCAUGGAAAAUAUUGGAGCUAUUUGUAGAUGCAAUGCUCAGGAUUACAUCUGGCACAAAGGGAUUCGGUGUGAAUUUAUCGUCACAGAGUUCCAGGUGAUGUGUAUAGCCAUUGGUUCCUCAGCAGCAGUGAUCCUACUUCUCUUCAUGCUCACAGUCUUCUUUGCAAAGAAAGUUUACUCUUUAAAGACUGAAAAUAAAAAGCUUCGGAAAAGGAGCAAAUACAGGCCUCAGCUGGAACAACACAAUGACAAUUUUUCUCUCUCCACCAUUGCUGAAGGCUCCCAGGCAAAUGACGACGUGAAUGGACAAAAUAAAAUCCACGAGUCAUUAAAAACCUGCCCGAAAGACGAGGACUCAUUCAAUGUGCAAAACAACUGGACGCCGAAACACGACAACAAGGAGAGUGCGAGCGCUGAGGUAAAUUCGCUGCAGAACAACAUGAUGUAAAUCGGUGGCAACAAAUGUGCAGUGUUUUUUAUAAUACAUUUGUUUCUUCCCUGCCUUAUGGAACGCUUAGCAUGCUUUGAUGUAUUUUAUAUGAAUAUAUAUAUGUAAAGAGAGAUAAUUACAAGAAAUCCUUUGUUAUUCGUUUGACAAAAAAGACAUAAAACACAAAACAAAACCUCCCUUGAGCUGAAUUGUGACCCCCCCCGGCUUAAAUUGACCAUGUGCUGCAUUUCUAAUGACGUGAUUUACAUUCGUUGCUGAGUUUUUGUUCUGGGUCUCUGGCUAUAUCUUUUAUCGCACCUGCGUUUAUUGA